AUGACUCGCACCCCGCCGGCCGUGAGUUUCGCUCAAUUCUUCCCUAACGCUGCCAAGGUCAGGGCCGAAGCCGACCGCCCUGGGCGCGGCCCCUCGGCCGCCGCUCCGCCGUCGUCGCGCGAGCCUCCUGCCGCGCUCGGCGUCGACGCGCUGACUGGCAUCGCCCGGCCCUCUCACGCCGUGUCUUCCUUGCCUGACGCACCACACACCCACGGCGACGAUACCGCCAACGACUCACCAACCACCGAGAUACCAAGCACCGGCGGAUCCUCCACAUCCCACGCUAGCUCUGCCUCAUCCAUAUUCAGCACCUCGCUGAAGCCCCCGGCAAAUGCGCCCGCCUCUCACCUCUGCGCGAGCCUGCCCAGAGACUCGCUUUCACACUCCCCGGCCCCGCUGCAGAGACCAGACAUGCCCGCGUCCGCGUCUGCCGAGCGGCCGGGCCAGGUCUACCGCGAUGAUCGAUCCAAGCGCGGCGCUGAGCCCUCGCCUCGGAGCGGCCCCCCGUCCGACGGGCGCAUCCCCGCUCGAGAUCCUCUGCCAUCCGUCAAAGGCAUCAAGUGCACAUAUGACCCGAUCCUCGAUCGAGUACGCAACAAAAGCGUUAGCAAGAACGCCAAACCGACCUACAAAGAAUUCGGAUUGGAUGAUGACGCUCCCCCUUCAGACCCGCGGCUGGCCAAGGCUGGCGACAGGCUAGGCUACAUCAACACCGACUUCUAUCUGCCCAAAGCACGCCUGCGCCAUGCCCCCGAGAACCUCAGGCCGUAUCCCUACGACCCGAAGACGUCCAUCGGGCCGGGACCGCCUACGCAGAUUGUCGUUACCCGCUACAACCCCCUCGUUCCGUUUACCAAAGUGACGACCGUUUUCGCCACGUUUGGUGAGAUUGCGGAAAGCAGCAAUAAGAUGCACCCUGAUACCGGCAGCUACCUGGGGUUUGCGACAAUCCGCUACCGAGACAGCAAACGCCCAGGCCGACCUCCCGUCACUGCCAUCGAUGCCGCCCGCCGUGCUGUUCGCGCCCGCGGGAUCAGGAUCGAUGCCGACAUUGUCAAGGUGGACUAUGACCCAGAAGGUCGCAAGAGCCGACGCAUGCUCGAGGAACACCUAAAGCGCGAGAGAGAGAAGCUCAACCGAGAAAAGCCUUCGCGGCAAACCUCGUCCACUCCGAAGCCACCCCCCACGGGCCCAAAGUCGUCUUCGGCCGCUACGCCCGCACCUGCUUUCGUGCGCCCCCCUCCGACAGCGCCAAAGGGUCCUUCUGCGCAGAGGCAACCGACGACGACGACGCCACAACAACAGCCGACAGUCGCCGUGACACCUCGGGGUGUUGAAUUGCACAGUAUCGCACCGCAGAUUGCCGACCAACCCUAUGUCUUCGUUACCGCAGAAAGCGUACCCGUUUUGCCUAGUAUCAUUCCUCACAUGAAGAAGCGGCUCAAGAACUACGCGUUUGAGGACAUACGGUUGGACAGAACUGGCUUUUACAUCGUAUUCCGCAACUCCUUCACUGGCAAGUCAGAGGCCGAGCGAUGCUUCCGAGGUGCUAAUCACACCGAAUUCUUCACCUAUGACAUGGCAAUGCAGCUUUGCUUGCCGCGCCCGCCUGCACGUUCCACCGACAACGCGCCGAAGCGAACCCCGAGUCCAGACAGGAGUCAGCGGCCAGCAUAUCGACGACGAGACGACGAGGCGGCCAGACGGCGACGGGAAGAGGAGGCAGACUUGGAAGAGGAGAAGAAGCAACGGGCCAAAAACUUCGAUCCAGUCAUCGAGGCUGUCGAGGUCGUGCGCAGGGAAAUGACGGAACAUCUCAUUCGCCAUAUCCGCACUCAAGUAGCAGCACCCUGCCUUGCAGACUUCCUGGACCCGGCCAACCACGUUGCCAAGAGAAGGAAGCUCAACCUUGAUCAGCCUGACGAUGAUGAGGAGUUGGCUUUCGACGACGGCAGUGCUAGUCCGCGGAUUGGGACACCGAAUUCCAGGACGGAUCCCAUCGAACGUCGCACGGGGACCUUUGAGGCAAAAUUGUUGCCUAGGAUUCGCAAGAACAAGAGCAAGGGGCAGGCCCACCGCAGCACGUUCGUCGACCCCUUUUCAAGAAGUCGACCCUCUGUGGCCCGCGCUGCAUUUAGGUCUUUGCACCAUCGCCUUAAGAGCCUUGAUAGCGACUUCGAGUCCGAUGACGAGACUGAUGCUGGAGCCCUGGCGGCCCGGGAGACCGAGGAGCCUGAGUCGCGGCCGCGCAGCCGCAUGAGCACGGACGAUGAAGCUUCCAAGGAUGACUUUGGGUCUUGGAGUCGCCAAGAGGACGAUUCCAUGACGGAGGCGAGCCUGGCCGUUCCCGAUGGCAUACUGCCAAGGAAGCGCAAGCUGGAAGAGACCAUUGAGACAGCCCUCAAACGCCAAAAGAAAUCUGAUGAAGAGCUCUUCGGCGUCAAGAUUGGCCGUCUCGAGGCUGAAGUCAACGGGCGCGCGACCUCGGAGGAUGUUGGGUUCGACAUCGACAGCAGUGUCUCUCGUUCCGAGACGCCCGCUUCCCAGACUGCAAAGGGUCUGAAGAAGAAGCCAACAAAGCAGAAGAAAAAGACCAAGAAGCAGCUAUUCGAGGAGCGUGAAGCCUUGAAACGGCAGCAGGACGUUGAGUCUCAAGCCGACGAGGACGAGGCGCCCCCAGUACCAACCAAAUCUGAGGGACAAGAACUCCUCCCGCCAGCCCCGGAAGCCAAGGUCGAGAAGCACGACGACAGGUUCUUCUCCACAGAAGCCCUGACUGCGGCACUCACGCUCCCCGAUGGCUUCAAACCCGACAUCUCUUCACUGCAGAGCUUGGCGUUGGGGUCGAAAGACCUGCCGGAUCUGGCAAGACUUCAGAAGAAAUACGCGACAGCCGAGAUUGGAAAUGCGGAGCUGUGGCUCUGGAAGCGCAACCGCAUCAGAGAGCUCAAUUCGUCCGAUGGCUCAGUGGACCGGCCAAUUUCGAUUGGGGGCUACUAUGUGCCCAAUGCUACGGGCUGUGCUCGUACUGAGGGUGUGAAGAAAAUUCUCAAUUCCGAGAAGUCCAAGUAUUUGCCACACCACAUCAAGGUCCAGAAGGCCCGAGAGGAGCGCGAAGCCCGGUUCAAGAAGACGGGCAAGGACGCCAGCGCCGCCGAGGCUGCCAGAUUGGCCGCGGAGAAGCUCAUCGCCAAGGGCAACUCUCGAGCCAACCGUGCCAGCAACCGACGAUACGUCGCCGAUCUGAACGAUCAGAAGAAGACUCUGGGCCAGGACUCGGACGUGUUCAAGUUCAACCAGCUUAAGAAGCGGAAGAAGCCCGUCAAGUUCGCCCGGUCCGCCAUUCAUAACUGGGGGCUCUACGCCAUGGAGAAUAUCGCCAAGGACGACAUGAUUAUCGAGUAUGUUGGCGAGGAGGUGCGGCAGCAGAUAUCGGAGAUCCGCGAGAAGCGCUAUCUUAAGAGUGGCAUUGGGAGCAGCUAUCUGUUCCGCAUCGACGACGACACCGUCGUCGACGCCACCAAGAAGGGGGGCAUUGCGCGAUUCAUCAACCACAGCUGCAUGCCGAACUGCACGGCAAAGAUCAUCAAGGUCGAGGGCAGCAAGCGAAUCGUCAUAUAUGCCCUCCGUGACAUUGCUCUGAAUGAGGAGUUGACCUACGACUACAAGUUCGAGCGAGAGAUAGGCAGCUUGGACCGCAUUCCCUGUCUCUGCGGCACUCCGGCAUGCAAGGGCUUCCUCAACUAA